CCGACCCCCCUUGCCCCCUCCCCAGGACUGGCCUGGAGACCCCCCGAGUUUCGGGUCUUUUCUUGGGGACCCCGGUGGAUUUGACCCCCGGGACCCCCGGCGGAGAGAGGCUGCAGAGGGGGCGACCUGAGGGGCGACCCCCCCCCCCCAAAUAAUUGAACCUCGGACUUGGGCAGAGACAGAAGAAGAAGAGGCCCUCCCUGGCCUCCUCCACUUUAGCUCCGACCCCCUCUUCCACCCCCUCCGGGCCUGGCGAGAAUUGGGGGGCUGUCAGGGAGCCAGGAGGGGAGAGGUGGGAACUCUCCUUCCUUUUGGCCGAAGAAAUGGAGCUGAAAUGAAGGGAAGGCGGCACAUGAGGACAGGCUGACUCUGCUGGGAUUUACAAUUGAGGAGGAAAAGGAGGAGGGGGCGAAGCCAAUCAUGGAGAAAUAAUCGAGCCUCGGUGUUGGACAGGAGACCCGGAGAAGGUCUGAAGCAGCAGAGGUCGGUACAUGCGGUGGAUUGAGUUCUGAAAAUGGAACUCUCCUUUGCCCUCUUCUUUCUAGGGAUCGUUGCAUUUUCUGACUCAGCCAGAGGCCCUCCCAGGAUCUCAGAUAAGGUGAUCCACCGGCAGUCAGUGAGGCUGGGGAGAACCAUUAAGCUGUUGUGCCCCGUGGAAGGGGACCCCCCACCCCUGACCGUGUGGAUGAAGGACGGCAGGACCAUCCACAGUGGCUGGACCAGGUUUCGUGUCCUGCAGCAGGGCUUGAAGAUCAAGGAGGUGGAGAGCGAGGACGCGGGCACUUACAUCUGCAAAGCCACCAAUGGCUUCGGCAGCGCCAAUGUGAACUACACCCUGAUCGUGAUUGAUGACUCCAGCUCGGUAAAGGAGAGCCAAGUGCCGGAUGAUGAAGACCAAGCGGGCAAGCAGUGGGCCCGGCCCCGGUUCACACAGCCUGCCAAAAUGCGUCGGCGAGUCAUCGCGCGGCCGGUGGGGAGCUCGAUCCGCCUCAAGUGCGUGGCCAGCGGGAACCCUCGGCCCGACAUCACCUGGCUGAAGGACAGCCGGCCUCUGUCACCACCAGAGACCGGGGACAACAGGAAGAAGAAGUGGACCCUGAACCUGAAGAACCUGAAGCCCGAGGACAGUGGGAAAUACACCUGUCGCGUCUCCAACAGGGUCGGAGAGAUCAACGCCACGUACAAAGUUGAAGUGAUCCAGCGGACGCGGUCCAAGCCCGUCCUCACGGGAACCCACCCGGUGAACACGACGGUGGAUUACGGCGGGACCACCUCAUUCCAGUGCAAGGUGCGCAGCGACGUGAAGCCGGUCAUCCAGUGGCUGAAGCGGGUGGAGUACGGCUCGGAGGGCAAGUACAACUCCACCAUCGACGUGGGCGGCCAGAAGUUCGUCGUCCUCCCCACCGGCGAAGUCUGGUCCCGCCCCGACGGCUCCUACCUCAACAAGCUGAUGAUCGCUCGGGCCCGCGAGGAAGACGCCGGCAUGUACAUCUGCCUCGGAGCCAACACCAUGGGCUACAGCUUCCGCAGUGCCUUCCUCACCGUGCUUCCUGACCCAAAGCCGCCCAGCGCCCCAGCUGCCCCGACCUCCGCCAGCAGCCUCCCGUGGCCGGUGGUCAUCGGCAUCCCCGCGGGGGCCAUCUUCAUCCUGGGCACCGUCUUGCUGUGGCUCUGCCAGACGAAGAAGAAGCCCUGCUCCUCACCGCCCCCGGGCCCCGCUCACCGUCCCGCCCCCAGAGAGCGGGCCUGCGGCCCCCCCGACAAAGACUACAUCUCCUCGGUCAACUACGACGAAUACGCGGUGGGAAGCCAGCAGCAGCAGUCGCAGCAACAACAGCAGCUCUUGGGCCAGGCCCCGGCCCCCAAGAUAUACUCCAAGCUGUACACAGACAUCCACACCCACUCUCACACCCACUCCCACGUGGAGGGGAAAGUGCACCAACACCAACACAUCCACUAUCAGUGUUAGGUCCGAUCGGUGGGGUCUCCCCCAGGUCCCUCGGCGUCGGGCCCGGCCCCGCUGCCAGUCACCGAGAGCGAGCCAGAGAUGGAAAGUAAAUGACCCACUGAGC